GCGGCCCGGAGAGCCGGCAGCGACAGGGGCACGGGGAAAGUUCUGCAGCCAGAAACUCCGCAGGUGCGCCAGGUGCCGCCAGCGGUGACAGGCGAAGGGCCCACGGCUGUCCCUGGCUCUCCGCCGCCGUCGGGGGCGGGGAGCGCAGCGGAGAACCGAAAGUGAAGGGAAGGCAGCGCCCGGCGGGGCAUCCCCGGGGCCGCGGGCGCGCGUGGGGAGCGCGGAUGCGCCGCGCCGCCAGUCCCCGCUGCCGGGCCGUCACUGCAGCGCGCUGCCGCCCCGCUGCCCGCGCCCCGGGCGGCGAUGCUGUGCUGCAUGCCCGGCGUGGCUUUCGUGCCCGCUUUGCUCGUCAGCUGGUCCUCGGCCGCCUUCAUCAUCUCCUAUGCGAUCGCCGUGCUGGCGGGGCACGUCGAGCCCUUCGUGCCCUACAUCAGCGACACUGGAACUAAACCUCCGGAGAGUGGUGUCUUUGGUUUUAUGAGUAAUAUUUCAGCACUUCUAGCUUCAAUUACAAUGUACAUCAGAUAUUUAUUAAUAGAGAAGCAAAAUGAAUCAUCUCACUUUGUUAGGUCUUCAUGCAAUAUGUUUACAUUAUGUGUGGGACUGAUGGGCUGCACUGGAAUGGGCAUAGUUGCAACUUUUCAGGAGCUGGCUGUUCCCAGUGUCCAUGACAUAGGAGCUUUGGUGGCCUUUGGCUCGGGUGUUGUAUACAUCACACUUCAGUCUAUAAUCUCCUACAAGUCGUGCCCACGAUGGAACACUUACUUUGUGUGUCACAUAAGGAUGGCCAUAUCUGUCAUAUCAUGCAUUGCUUUCAUUCCCAUGAUUGUGUUUGCUUCAAAAAUUUCCAUGACAAAAAUUGAUUGGACUCCAGGUGAAAAGGAUUAUACUUACCAUUUUAUGAGUGCAAUCUGUGAAUGGACAGUGGCCUUUGGUUUCAUCUUCUUCUUUUUAACAUUCAUUAGAGAUUUUCAGAAUGUCAAACUAUACACUUACUCACUGGUGUAAAUAACACACACUGGAAAGAAAAACAAGAGAGAGGAAGAGACUCAGCUUGGAAAAAGAACCACCAAUUUUCAUUUCAAAUGUAGCUGAACAGAAGACUUGAGAGGGAACAGAUUAAUGAUUACAACUGCUAAAUCAGGACUUCACUAUAAAGUUAUCAUGUCCAGAUGUUGUUUUUGCCUUUGACAGGUUCUGAGGUUUUAGUUAAAAAAAUACAGACAUGCAUCUAGUCUGAGGGCAUCUACAUGCAUUUAAAAUGCCUGUAAUACCAUUAAGAAACUGACCUUUAUGUAUUCUGCACUCUCAUUCACAAGCAAAAUGAGGAAUAUGGUGAUGGGGUUAAAAAUCUUUGUUUAAACAAAGAACAUGUAGUUUACUAGUAGUACAUAAUCGGUAUUAACAGAUGCAUUCAGUGGUUAUUCCAGCAACACUUUGCAGUAGUUUUUAUGCCUACAAAUUUUAAUAGUGCCCCAGAUGAUGAGUUCAAAUCCAUGCAAAAUUUGUGUGUAUUAGAUGUGUACUACUGACACUUCUUAAUGUAUACCGUAUCUUUUAAAAGUUCAUUGCUGUGGGAAGCUUUUAAAAACAAAAGUCUCUUAAAAAUUGACUUUUUCCCUUGAAAGUAUCACAUAUAUCUGAUUACUGUGCUGCCAAGCUGAAAUACUCCCUCCAUCUUCCAUUCCAAAACAGAUGGCAAAUAACGAGCACCUUGGAAUAUUCUCCGCUUACAGUAUUUAGCUUGCGGUUAAGGACUUUCCAGCUUUCUGGGUUAACACCACAUCUCUAGAAAACUGCUGCAGAUCAAGGAGCACCAGCACAGCUGACAGAAUUCAGCCACAAACCAACCUUCCCAUACUUAAUAGCUCCUCGUUUCAGCUGAAACAUCUCAGACUGAAUUUGGAUUAAGAGCAAAGCGAUGUAUUUAGGAGCAGAAGAGCCUAAAGCAGUCAGGGGUUCCAAAGGCAGUGGAAGCACUAUGGCUGCUGAGACACUGAAUGUAAAAAGGGAUGGUCUCAUCUUUUUUCCCCCCAGUUCCUCACAAUUCAGACAUUUAGAUUUAGUUACCACUCAACUGGGAGAGAAGAUAAUGUGGCAAGAUUUUUCUUAAUGUUUCUGCAAGUUUACCAACGUUGCGGUACUCCACAGUAAACGUCUACCCUGAAAAGAUCAUCCAAAUCCUAAGCAGUUAAAUUCACAAUUCCUAUUAAUGAAACUGUUAUUCUGUGACAUACGUAAUUACUGAUUAAUUAUCCCUUAUUUUAACAAGUGUCUGUAGGCCAGACGCUUUCUUUUUCAUUCCACAUAAAAGCAUAUCUGCAGUGGCGUAAAAGACAAUUGAUGUUAGGGUUUUUUUCAAACUAAAAUUAUUUUACAGAAAUAAAAAGUUUCUUCAGAAUAUUAAACAACUGAAGCUAUACCUUCUUUAAUGUCUUUUGUUAACCUUGCUUGUUUCUUUAGAAAAAUAAUAAACUACUAUGUCUCAAUUCAA